AUGGCUGCCGCGCAAGAGGCGAGACGCGAACCUUUGCACGCCGUCCAAGUGUUCGGACGCAAGAAAACAGCAACUGCAGUAGCAUACUGCAAGCGAGGACAUGGAGUACUCCGCGUAAACGGACGUCCUUUGGACUUAGUGGAGCCCCGUCUCCUCCAAUACAAACUGCAAGAACCUAUCCUGUUGCUUGGCAAGGAAAAGUUCUCCGGUGUUGACAUCAGAGUGACUGUCAAGGGUGGUGGUCAUGUCGCACAAGUUUAUGCCAUCAGACAGGCUAUCUCCAAGGCUCUGAUUGCCUUUUAUCAAAAAUUUGUAGAUGAAGCGUCAAAGAAGGAAAUCAAGGACAUCCUCGUCCAAUACGAUAGGAGUUUGCUAGUCGCUGACCCCAGGCGCUGCGAGCCCAAGAAGUUCGGAGGUCCAGGCGCUCGUGCCAGAUACCAGAAAUCAUACCGU